UCUCUUCCACUAGUCUUUUUCUUAUCGCUAUCAUCUAUUCCGAUUCUAACCAAUGCCUUAAGCCUUGAUUUCGACCUUAUUCACCGUGACUCGCCAUUGUCGCCAUAUUACAAUUCUUCAAGCACCCUAUCAGAACUCACUCAACAAGUUAUGCUUCGAUCCAUGGCUCGCUAUAAACGACGUCGUCCUCCUCAAACUGAUAUCCUUCCCCCAAUUUUCUUUGAAGGUGAAGGUGAGUACCUUAUGAGAAUCUAUAUUGGUUCUCCACCAGUUCAAACAUGGGCUAUCCCAGACACAGGAAGUGACCUCAUUUGGAUCCAAUGCUUGCCAUGUCACGCUUGUUUUCCUCAAAACACACCAAUCUUUAAUCCCUUGGCUUCUUCUACAUAUAAGAUCGUCUCUUGCCACUCAAAACCUUGUAGGUCAUUCUUUGAUAAGGGCGGCUCAGGAUGUGGUGGUUCAACACAGUGUGUGUACGGAUAUGGUUAUGCGGAUGGAUCAACUACGUCUGGGGAGCUGGCAAGAGAUUUGUUUAGUCUUGGGGGAAAAUCUGAUGAUUCAUUUAAGAAACCUUUGCUUUUAGGAUGCGGGCAUAACAAUAGGGGGCAAUUCUCACGCAAAGGUUCAGGACUUGUAGGGCUUGGUGGGGGGCCUUUGUCUUUAGUUUCACAGUUGGGUCGUGAGAUAGAUCGCACAUUCUCUUACUGUUUAGUUCCUUUCUUUUCAAAAUCCAGAGGUAAACUGAAAUUGGGUAAGGAUUCAAAGAUAUCUGGAUCACGUGGGGCUGUUUCUACUCCAUUUGUGACUGACGAUUCUUUCAAAACAAAUUACUACCUCACUCUUGAAGGUAUCACCAUUGGCAACAAGACAUUGAAGACUGGUCCCAAAAGAAAGGGGAACACUCUUAUUGAUUCUGGGGCGACAUAUUUUUUAAUGGAAACGAGGUUUUACACAAAGGUGGAGGCUUUGAUAAACAAAGCCGUUAGGAUUAAAGAAGUAAGAAAUCCUCCUGACCCAUUCACCUUGUGUUACCCAAAUAAGUAUUCCGAAACUAUCAAGAAGAGAUUUCCAAAAUUUGUGGUUCAUUUUGAGGGUGCCGACAUAGCCUUGAAGCCAGAUCAAAACAUAUUCUUUCGGCUAGAUAAUUUGCUCUGUUUAGCCAUACUCCCAAGCGAUCAGUUUGACUAUGGAAGUUUGCCCCAAAUUAAUUUUCAAGUGGAAUAUAACCUUAAAGCCAAAAAGAUUUCUUUUGCUCAUGCUGAUUGUGGCGAGAAUUAGAAGAGAUGUAUAAUUAUAUAUGUUAUAAACAAAAUAAAUAAAUGCGCGCGCACAUAUAUGGUUUGAGAAAUCAUAUUUGAUCUUAUAUUAGUAAAUUAUGGACCCUAAUAUAUAAGGGUCAUUUGUAAUGGAUUAGCCUGAUCAUCUUAUGAGUCAUCCCAAUGAGUAGUACAUGGGAUAUCAUCAUCAUCUAUUGUCUUUGUUAUAUAUCGUGUAUUUGACUAUGAGUUAAUGAAGAACAACUUCA